UUUUGUUGUCUGCGGCGUUUGCUCGUGUUAACUUUGAAAAGAUUUGUAACUAAUUUCCGCUGGUGGCGUAAUUAUUUGGUGAUUUUGAGUUCUUCGUUCACUGGGAAUCAAACAUGACGGAUUCCUUGGAGUACAACGACAUAAAUGCCGAAGUCCGCGGUGUCCUGUCAUCCGGUCGUCUGAAGCUUACUGACCAGAAUAUUAUAUUCAAAAACACCAAGACGGGCAAGGUGGAGCAGAUUUCGGUGGAUGAUAUUGAUCUAAUUAAUUCUCAAAAAUUUGUGGGCAACUGGGGACUGCGAGUGUUCACCAAAAGCGGGGCGCUCCAUCGCUUCACCGGCUUUCGUGACAGCGAGCAUGAGAAGUUGGGAAAAUUCAUAAAGGAUUCGUAUUCGCAGGAGAUGGUGGAGAAGGAGAUGUGUGUCAAAGGCUGGAACUGGGGCACGGCUCGAUUCAUGGGCUCCGUUCUGAGCUUCGAUAAGGACUCGAAGACCAUAUUUGAAGUGCCGCUCUCCCAUGUGUCUCAGUGUGUGACUGGCAAGAAUGAGGUCACUUUGGAAUACCAUCAAAACGACGAUGCGCCAGUUGGCCUCCUCGAGAUGAGGUUUCACAUUCCAGCCGUAGAGUCGGCGGAUGAUGACCCAGUGGAGAAAUUCCAUCAGAAUGUGAUGAGUAAGGCCUCGGUCAUCUCAGCGUCUGGCGAGUCCAUUGCCAUCUUCAGAGAGAUUCAGAUACUAACACCACGCGGUCGCUACGAUAUCAAGAUCUUUUCGACCUUCUUUCAGCUUCAUGGCAAGACCUUUGACUAUAAGAUACCCAUGGACUCGGUACUACGCCUGUUCAUGCUGCCACACAAGGACAGCCGUCAAAUGUUUUUCGUGCUUUCACUGGAUCCUCCCAUCAAGCAAGGACAGACGCGUUAUCAUUAUUUGGUGUUGCUCUUCGCACCUGACGAGGAGACCUCCAUUGAACUGCCAUUCUCGGAAGCUGAGCUGAGAGACAAAUACGAGGGGAAACUGGAGAAGGAGUUGUCGGGGCCAGUCUACGAGGUGAUGGGUAAGGUAAUGAAGGUGCUAAUUGGGCGCAAGAUUACCGGGCCAGGUAACUUCAUAGGCCACUCGGGCACGGCAGCUGUGGGAUGUUCUUUCAAGGCUGCCGCUGGUUACUUGUAUCCCCUUGAGCGUGGCUUCAUCUACAUUCACAAGCCGCCCCUGCACAUCCGCUUUGAGGAGAUUAGCUCGGUGAAUUUCGCUCGUAGUGGCGGAUCCACACGAUCUUUUGAUUUCGAAGUCACCCUGAAAAACGGAACCGUGCACAUAUUCUCGUCCAUUGAGAAGGAAGAGUAUGCCAAGCUAUUCGACUUCAUAACACAGAAAAAGUUGCAUGUGAGCAAUAUGGGCAAGGACAAGAGUGGCUACAAAGAUGUAGACUUUGGAGACUCUGACAAUGAGAACGAGCCCGAUGCUUACCUGGCCCGCCUCAAGGCAGAGGCCAGAGAAAAGGAGGACGAUGAUGAUGACGGCGAUGAUUCCGAUGAAGAGUCGACCGAUGAGGACUUCAAACCGAAUGAGAACGAAUCGGAUGUAGCCGAAGAGUACGACAGCAAUGUGGAAGGUGAUUCGGAUGACAGUGAUGCCAGUGGCGGCGGUGGAGAUGGUGACCUUGACAGCUCGCCCAUGAAGAAGCACAAGGAAAAAAAGAGCGAGAAAAGGGAGAGAAAACAUAAGGAAAAGGAGAAAACGAAAAACCCAACCAAGAAGAAGGACACCGGAAAGCCCAAAAGGGGCACUUCUGCCUUUAUGUUGUGGCUUAAUGAUACCCGUGAAAGCAUUAAGCGCGAAAAUCCUGGAAUCAAAGUCACCGAGAUAGCUAAAAAGGGCGGCGAAAUGUGGAAAGAGCUGAAGGACAAGUCCAAAUGGGAAGAGGCCGCUAACAAGGAUAAGCUUCGCUAUCAAGAAGAGAUGCGCAACUACAAGUCCGGAGCGGGAGGCGGCAGAGAGGACGACAACGGCGGCACCACCAAGGAAACCAAGAAACGCAAAUCAGAGCCAUCGCCAACGAAGAAAGCAAAUACCUCGGGAAGUGGCUUCAAGAGCAAGGAAUACAUCUCGGAUGAUGAAUCCACCAGCGACGAUCAAGAAAAGGACAAAGAAAUCCCAAUGAAGAGAAGCAAAUCAGCAGCUGAUGACAAGGAUAAGAACUCGAAGAAAAGCGAAAGCGAAGGGGAGGAGAGCGAUGAUGCAAGCAAUGCCAGCGAAGAGAACGAUGAGGAGGAAGAUGAGGGCAGUGAUUAGACUCCCAGUCAUUCAACCCUAUUCCAUAAUUCAGUCACACAGCCACCCAAACAUAGUUGUUAAGUUCCGCCUAAAAAUAUGUUUUUGUUUAAUUAAAACUUCAAGUGCAGAACAAAGCUCAAGUAAUUA